GUUCGGGAGGGGAGUUCUUGACACGACCUACUGCCCCAAAGCAGAAGUUAGCCCUCCGUUGUGCCCAGGGCUCAGGAGAAGUCGCCGGCCGCUCGCUCACGCCGGGUUCGAAAACAGCGUGGGAAGGGCCACGACACGACUUUUCCCUAGGCCACGCGGCCUACACCUCGAGGGCAGUCCCUGGGGAUGGGACCCCAUUACCAUGCUUGCUCUGGUCUCCGCCGGGGAUGCGCCCUAGUCGUCCUAAUCCGAUCAGAAAGGGGACCCGCCAUUGGGUUGCGGGACAGCAUAGCGCGUCCAACUUAGGGGGAAUUUCUCUGCGUGCCUCUCUGCGGUCCUAGCUUUACAAGGCCCCACCGUCCUCUUCACUUUCUUAAGACAGGGACUUCUUUGCCCUAACGGAUUCCGUUCUUCAAAUGCCUACUUGGGUACAGCACCUGGGAAACUGAAAGAUGCCCCAGUCUUGCACAGCGGCAACUGUCUACCCACACGGACUCUUUGUCCAAGAGGGUCCCCACCCUCAACUCCGUUCCUUUUGGGGUUGGAUCCCCGAGGUGGGCACCGAAUCCUCCUGCAAACGUUUGCCUCGCUGUGCCCCUUAGGUGCGAAGUUUAGACUUUACUUUUUUGGGAGAAUAAAAACAAUAAAGUACAGUUCUUUCCCGUCCCUAAAACACGCCACAAAGCAAUAGUUUAAGUUUGGGGAGAGAUGGAGCUAUAAACGAACUUCUCGAACCCUCAGUUCCCCCAAACCCCCAGCUUCCCAAAACCCGAGCGCGGACCUCUUAGGGCUGGCACCGCUGGGAGGACUGCGCUCGGUAUCUCUUGUUUUACGGAGCCCAAGCGCCUGCCUCUACGGGAACAUCUUUCACGGGGACCCCACCCCCUAUCUCCAAACUCUGGCUAACUCACUCGGGUUUAAGCCCCAGACCAGGGCUCUGUGGUUCGGGAAGAGAUGGCUCAAACUCAGCGGGUCUGUGCUCGGCCCUCAGCCUCGAAGUGGUGCAAGUGACCGCACCUCCCCACGGCCCUUUCCGGAGGCCUGCAGAAUCCAUAAAGAAAAAAAGAACUUUAUUUUAAAAAGAAUAAGGAAAAGAACGAGUCAUUGUCGAAGAGGCCACAUUAUGGUGAUGGAGUGGCCGGGAACUUCGGGGAUGCGGUGGGGGCUAUUUCUCUCUUUCCUUUUUGGUAAACAAAUCAGAGGAAACUUCUGUCCGGCCAUCGGUUCCCCGCCCCCCCCCCGCCCCGCCCCCUGCAAGUGCCACUGAUUAACUUAAACUCGACUCUGCUUUAGUGCGCCUGUGUGUAGCCGAGCAAGGGGCGAGAGGCGAGUGUACCCCGGGGUUUCACAGGAAGGUGCCCGGAAGGGUUAGGGUGCCGGGCUGCGCGGACCUGCCCCUUACCGCAGGUACCCGGUGCGUCCGCCCUCCGACACCUGACCCUGGUGUCUCAGUUUAAAAUGGUGAAUUACUCCUAUGAUGAAGAUCUUGAAGAGCUCUGCCCGGUGUGUGGAGAUAAAGUGUCUGGAUACCAUUAUGGGCUCCUCACCUGUGAAAGCUGCAAGGGAUUUUUUAAGCGAACAGUCCAAAAUAAUAAAAGGUACACAUGUAUAGAAAACCAGAACUGCCAAAUUGAUAAAACACAGAGAAAGCGUUGUCCUUACUGUCGAUUUCAAAAAUGUCUAAGUGUUGGAAUGAAGCUAGAAGCGGUAAGGGCUGACCGAAUGCGCGGGGGAAGGAAUAAAUUCGGGCCAAUGUACAAGAGAGACAGGGCCCUAAAGCAACAGAAAAAAGCCCUCAUCCGAGCCAAUGGACUUAAACUAGAAGCCAUGUCUCAGGUGAUCCAAGCAAUGCCCUCUGAGCUCACCAUCUCUUCUGCCAUUCAGAACAUCCAUUCUGCCUCCAAAGGCCUACCUCUGAACCACGCUGCCUUGCCUCCUACAGACUAUGACAGAAGUCCCUUUGUAACAUCCCCUAUUAGCAUGACAAUGCCACCUCAUGGCAGCCUGCAAGGUUACCAAACAUACAGUCACUUUCCUAACCGGGCCAUCAAGUCUGAGUACCCAGAUCCCUACACCAGCUCACCAGAGUCAAUAAUGGGCUAUUCCUACAUGGAUAGUUACCAGACGAGCUCCCCGGCAAGCAUCCCACAUCUGAUACUGGAACUUCUGAAGUGUGAGCCAGAUGAGCCUCAAGUCCAGGCUAAAAUCAUGGCCUAUUUGCAGCAAGAACAAGCUAACCGAAGCAAGCACGAAAAGCUGAGCACGUUUGGGCUUAUGUGCAAAAUGGCUGAUCAAACCCUCUUCUCUAUUGUUGAGUGGGCCAGGAGUAGUAUCUUCUUCAGAGAACUUAAGGUUGAUGACCAAAUGAAGCUGCUUCAGAAUUGCUGGAGUGAGCUCUUAAUUCUCGACCACAUUUACCGACAAGUGGUACAUGGAAAGGAAGGAUCCAUCUUCCUGGUUACUGGGCAACAAGUGGAUUAUUCCAUAAUAGCGUCCCAAGCCGGGGCCACCCUCAACAAUCUCAUGAGUCAUGCACAGGAGUUAGUGGUAAAGCUUCGCUCUCUACAGUUUGAUCAACGAGAGUUUGUGUGUCUGAAAUUCUUGGUGCUCUUUAGUUUAGAUGUCAAAAACCUUGAGAACUUCCAGCUGGUAGAAGGUGUCCAGGAACAAGUCAAUGCCGCCCUGCUGGACUAUACUAUGUGCAACUACCCACAGCAAACAGAGAAAUUCGGGCAGCUACUUCUUCGACUACCUGAAAUCCGGGCCAUCAGCAUGCAGGCUGAAGAAUACCUCUACUAUAAGCAUCUGAAUGGGGAUGUGCCCUAUAAUAACCUCCUUAUUGAAAUGUUGCAUGCAAAAAGAGCUUAGGUUCCAACCCCUAAAAGCUCUGCUUUCAAAACAAAAAGAGGUUGGUGGGGGAAAAAAGAAGAACAGGAAGAAAAGAAAAAAAAAUACUCUGAACUGCUCCAAGCAACACUAAUUAAAAACUUGGUUUAAAGAUAUUGAGUUUAAAAAGGCAUAAUAAUCAAAUACUUAAUAGCAAAUAAAUGAUGUAUCAGGGUAUUUGUAUUGCAAACUGUGAAUCAAAGGCUUCACAUCCCCAAAGGAUUCCAUAUAAAAGACAUUGUAACGAAGUGGAUUGAACUCACAGAUGGAUACCAACCCCAUAUCGGAAUGAAAAUGGACAGAACAAUUCUUGUAUAUUUAAACUGAUCUCCGCUGUGAAGAAAUUUAGGAACUGAUCUGUGUUAUUAAUUAGGCUUAUACAGCAGGGGAUUUGAGCUUACAGAAUGCCUCCAUGGUAAAGCUGAACUAAAACAACUCAAAAAAUCCAUCCGCUGCACCUGUAAUAGCCCUUCCCUCUUCCUUUCAAGGACCCAGCACCUUCUGUCCUAUGAUCACGGAAUCUGUCCUUACAGACUUGUGCUCAGCCACACCCACUAGUAGCUCCACCAAAUCAUGAAAAGCCUAAUUUUGAAUGUCUACGUCUUAGACCUGCAAACAGCUAAUAAGAACAGUCUACAAUAUGUUAGCUUGCCAUUUGAAAUAUGUUCUGGUUUGUUUUGUCAUGUGUUCAUGUUAAAAAAAAAAAAAAGCAGACAGUAUCCCUCUUCUGAUCUUAUAUAAGCAUUAAUUAAUAUUAAGGGAAAGGAGUACAAAUUUAAAGCAAAUGCUCCAUAGCUAAAGCAAGCUAGACCUUAUUUCUGCUAUUGUUACUGAAAUGUGGCUUUGGCGUUGUCAUUUCAUAAAAAUUUCUUGCCAAAAGGCUUAUUGGGGUACAUUCGUCUUUUUGGACCAUCCAAGUUUGUAGUUCAUUUGAAAAUAAAACCUGAAACAUAUUUUACUGGGAUGUCAAAUAGUCACAGUGCUAAGUAGUUUAAAAUAAAACCGAAGGAUGUUAAGCUAUGCAAAAAAAGAAAGAAAAAGGUGAGCUAAUAAAUUGCCUCAAGUAUCCGGCUUGUUGCAGUUGAACAUCCCCUAAACAUAGAACAGCAACAGUGAUUCCUACAUAUGGACUGGAAAGAUACUAAAGCAAUUCCAAUCUUCCCCAAAAGGGAAAGGAAGAGAGUGAUACUAACCUUUCUGAGUCAUAGACCAAAGUCUGCUCUAGAACAAAUAUUGAAGGACAAAGAAUUGCAAAACAAACUCUCCAAACAAUAGCAGUAUUAUUGACAUGUAAUGCCACAGGUAUGGAAGUCUUGCCUUAUUUCACAAUUCUGAGAGGUAGCUGUGCAGAUGUGGAUCAACAUUUGUCUAAAAUAAAGUAUUAAUACUUUCAAGUCAAAUAAAAGAUAGUGUUUACAUUCUUUAGGUCCUGUGGGGGGAGGGGGGAAACUGUGAUAUUACAAAAUAGCUAAAGCAGUAAUUUCCUUAAUGUUAUUUUUCUGAUUGGUAAUUAUUUUUAACAGUACUUAAUUAUUGUAUGUCGUGAGACACUAAAAUCAACAAUGGGAAUCUCAUUUAGACUUUGAUUUUUUUGAGAUUAUCAGCGGCACAAUCACUUGUAAAAACUGUAAAAACUAAAAGUAUCUCCUAGUCCCUUAAUUUUUUCAUAAAUGUUUCAGGCUUUUGAAUAGUUUAUUUAUAUUGUAUAUCAUAGUUUCAACUGUAGACAAUUAUGAUGCUAAUUUAUUGUUCCUUGGUUUCACCUUUGUAUAAGAUAUAGCCAAGACUGAAGAAACCAAAUAUAUGUGUUUACUGUAGCAUGUCUUCAAGUUAGUGGAACAUAGUUCAGGGACAGAGAAGGGUCUUAAUGAAUUAAAAUCAUUCACUUGAUUAAAUGUCUGUAAAUCUUCGUAAUUCUUACUGUAGUUUAUUUAAUAUCUAUUGUAAAUUAUGUGACUUAUAGUUUCCUCUGUUUCCAAGUAAAUUUAACGAGGGUAGAGUCUUCCCUGGUUUCCUUUACAAGCGUUGUAAGUUGUAUACCAAAGAUAUUAGUUACUACUUCUGUGUGUACAAAAAGGAUUAUUUUAUUAUUUUUUUAAUCACCUCUAAUAUUCGUCCACAUGAAGGGUACACAUUUGCUAAGCUGAGUGUCCACAGCUUCUCAUGCAGUCUCAGUCACCUGUCAUCGCAGCUCAAAGGACAAUGAAAAACAGCUGAUCAGAGUCAAUGUCCCAAGCAUUAAAUAGACUGGCAGCAUCCUUACCCUCCCCACUUAAAAACCAAGUUGGCUAGAAGACAUGUGGGGAGGAAUGGGUGUUGUUAACAGUUACUGAAGUGGUUGCAUCCUGCAUGUGGAACAUGGGUGGCGGCAAUUAUGAGAUUGGUGGGAUAGUUAAUUGGAGGGUCUUUAACACUGCAAAAAAAAAAAAAAAAAACAAA